AUGAGACAUCGUAUCGUUAUUCUUCAGCAUGGUUCACAUGGUACAUGUAGAGACUUGAGUUGUGUUGCGCAGUAUCUUCGGGGAUUUGAAUCCCCACCAGUUGUGUGGGAACCACGGGUAAAUGAGGGAUUCCGUACAGAUGACGGUGUAGUGAUAUGUGGAGAGCGCUUUGCAAAGAAUGUAAUCGAAAUGUUUCAAUCAUUUUAUUCAACAUUAUCAUUAUCAACAUUAUCAACAUCAACAACAACAGUGGAAUUGAGUUUUGUAGCCCAUUCUAUGGGUGGACUUAUUAUUCGUGAAGCCUUACCACUUAUUUUUAAAGAAAUUCAAUCUAAACAAGAUUAUAUAAAUAUCAAAUGGAAACUUUUUUGCUCUAUAGCAGUUCCUCAUGCGGGAGUACGGCAAAUGGAUGCUUUUAUACGUUCUUAUCUUGGUCGCUUUAUUGGACGUUUCUAUUCAACCGCAUAUCAUGAUAUGUUUCUACAGUCUAAUGUUUUAACAGAACGUUUACUUUCAAAAGAAUAUCUUUCCUGUCUCGCUGCAUUUGAAAAACGUUUAUUAAUUUCAAGUAUAAAUGAUCUUCUCGUCCCUUUAAUGAGUUCUGGUUUUCUACUAAAACCCAAUCAACAACUCCAUUAUCAUCAUAUCCACUCUUCUUCUCAAGAAGAGCGAAAUGAAAGAACCCAAACUAUUGAAGAAAGAAUGACUACCAUGUGUGCUGUAAAUGAAGAAGAGAUGUACACCAAACGGCAUCAACUCACAGAGCUGAAUGAGAGAGAAUGGCCAAGAGAGAAAUUCCCAUUGGAGCGACGCCUCGUGGAUGAACUUCUUCGUUCUGCCGGUCCUUUUGAAAGUGUCGUGGUGGAUCUCCGCCCUUCCGCUGCGGCCUCUACAUAUCAGACACAACUUGCACUUCACGGCGCCCAACAACUCUCCCAUCGAGCACUCAUUUGUAAACCACCACUCCACCCAUUGGAUGACUUGUUUGGAUUCGUCUCAAAGGUGGCCGCAUGUGAAGCUGUGAUGGAAUAA